UUAAACUUUCUUGGGAUAUGAAAAUUAUGGACGAACAUUAACACACAGCAUGAUGAGAGUCUACAAAAAGAGGUGCAUCGGUUGUGUCUGCAUGCUCCUGUUAAUUUGGAUCAUUUUUUCAAGACUGUUGAACAAAGACAAUUACUCAAUAGAUUCACCUUUAUCCGAUCCAAAUGAUGAUGAAUUUUCAUUUGAACUGCAAAUUGAAAGAAAAGACAUUGCUGAUGAAGACGACGAUGACAUGGUAUCUGACAAACUCCUCGAAUCAUAUGAUGACGAUGCUGAUAUUGACGUUAAUACUGAUGAGCGUGAUCAAGAUGAAGAAACGUUUCUAAAGACGAUAAUAUUAUAGCUAUUGAAGACGUUGAAUCGGACUAUACAGAAAAUACAAAUAUAAGGGAUGCCGAUAUUGUUUCC